UCGCCGACAACGUAGAGGUGGGCCUUCCGCGACGCCACAGGAGCGGGUGUUCGGCUACGUCAUUGGGGCGCUACAGUGCCUGGAGCUGGGCACUCUUCUCGUCAGAGUGGGGACUAAUAACAGCGACCUCCCCGCCAGGUCCUGUGUGUUGCCGGCUGAAGAAGGGUAGCUGAAAAAUUCAGACCCAGCGCAGUGUUUAUGUUGGUCAAAAAUAGAAAACUAUGUCUGGCGUGGCGGAGGCGAGAGGACCCUUCAGGCCAAGAGCAGCCUAGCAACAUGGCGCAACCCCAUCUCUGUAGUCCUACCUCAGACCCCCAGCUACUUGAACCCAAAGGUUCAAGGCUCCAGUGAGCUAUGAUCCCACCACAGCAUUCCAGCCUGCGAGAUUGAGAUGAUGAUUAUUCCCCAUCUUCUGAGAGACAAAGACCAACGAGCCACCACAGCCACCAGUCCCAGAACCCGCCAAUGCUGGGGAACGGAAAAUGAGGGAGUUCAACUCUGGCCCUCACAAUCCAGUGGAGGAGACGAAACUCAUCUGCCUCUGUCCCUCUGGGCACGCCUCAUGCCAGGUGCAUCUGUAGACAGGGGCCAUGCUCCUGGGCUUCCAAAGUUGGAGAAAGCUGCCAGGCUCAGAGAAAUGGAAUAAUCGUAUCGCUGAUCUACGUAAACAAAUUGAAGAAUUGUCUGAAAGAAAGUAUGACAUGAACUUACGAAUUCAACAGGUGAAGAUUUACAACUUGAUAAAUCAGCUUCGUGAGCUCGAGCUGUAAAAGCCAAAGGUCCAGUGAUGAUCCCAUACCCUUUUUUCCAGUCUCAUGUUGAAGUUUUUUAUGUAGAAGGCCUUCCCAAAGGAAUUUUUUUUUUUUUUUUUUUUUUUGAGAUGGAGUUUUCGCUCUUAUCGCCCAGGCUGGGGUGCAAUGGUGCAACCUUGCUGGUCACUGCAACCUCUGCCUCCUGGGUUCAGGAAAUUCUCCUGCCUUAGCCUCCCAAGUCGCUGGGAUUACAGGUGCCCACCACCACACCAGGCUAAUUUUUGUAUUUUUAGUGGAGAUGGGGUUUCACCAUGUUGGCCAGACCAGUCUUGAACUCCUGACGUCAAGUGAUCUUCCCGCCUCGGCCUCCCAGAGUGCUGAGAUUACAGACGUGAACCCAUGCCUGGCCAGGAAUUUUGUGUUUUAGGAAGGCUUUCUAAUGGAAUUCCUGGCCUUGAGAGGAUAUUACUUUCGAAGGAAAGGAUUUUUUUGUUAUUAAAAGCUGGACCUACCAUGAAAGACUUCUGAAUCCAGGAAGAGAGACUGACUGGGCAACAUGUUAUUCAGAAACAGGACCUUGCCCUGUCAUUUAGGAUGGAGUUCAGUGGUACAAUCAUGGCUCAUUGUAGCCUCAAACUCCCAGGCUCAAGCAAUCCUACCAUGUCAGCCUUCCCAGGAGCUGGGACUACAGACAGGGUCUCACUCUGUCGCCCAGGCUGGUGUGCAGUGACACAAUCUUGGCUCACUGUAGUGUAGACUUCCCAGCCUCAAGGGAUCCUCCCACCCCAGACUCCCAAGUAGCUGGAAUUACAGGAAGUGACCUCACAAUGACUCAAGCUACCACAUAGUGUUGAUUGUGAAAUGCCAGUUGAAGCAUAUGUCCUGCGAGCUUAGGGGUGCUACAAGUUGACCACUGCAGCAGUAAAGAUGACUCUGAAGAAUGGCAUGGGAUGGAUCCUUUCGAAUGCACUUGAGCAGCGGUCUCCAACCACAGGGCCACAGAGCUGGAGCUGGAUCUACCAUGAAAGACUUCUGAAUCCAAGAAGAGAGACUGACUGGGCAACAUGUUAUUCAGGAGAUGGGGUCUCACUCUGUCACCCAGGCUUGAGUACAGUAGUGCUAUCACAGCUCACUGCAGCCUUGAACUCCUGGGCUAAGGAUCCUCCUACCUGAGCCUCCUGAGUAGCUGGGACUGUAGGGUCUCCCUCUCUUGUCCAAGGCUGGAGUGUAGUAGUGCUAUCACAGCUGACUGCAGCCUCAACCUUCCAGGCUGAAGCGAUCCUCCCAUUUUAACCUCCCACGUGGCUGAGACUAUAGGUGUUUGCCACUAUGCCCAACUAAUAUUUGGAAUUUUCCUAUACGUGGAUUCCAGAGGGGUGACAGCGAAACGUGACUCCUACCUCCCGGCAGCCUCUCCAGGCCCAGAACUUUCUCCAGUCAGCCUCCACAGACCAAGCUCAUGACUCACAAUGGCCUAUUUAGGCCCAUACCCUACCUCACAGCAGUCUCCGCAGAUGAGCCUACUGCCUCACAACAGCCUCCACAGGCACAGCUCCACCGUUACAAUGGCCUCUUUAGACCCAGCUCCUGCCUCCCAGCCUUCUCUCCAGGCCCCGAACUUUCUCAAGUCGACCUCACCAGGCCCAGCUCAUGCUUCUUGGCAGCCUCUCCAGGCCCAGCUCCUGCAUCUUGGCAGCCUCUCCAGGCCCAGCCUCUGCCUCCCAUCAGCCUCUACAGUCCCAACAUCUGCCUCACAGCAGAUUCUUCAGGCCCAGCAUCUGCCUCACUGUGGACCACCCAAGCCAAGCUCCCAACCUUUCAGCAGCUUCUACACACCCAGCUCCUGCCACCCAGUGGCCUCUUUAGGCCAAGCUCAUGCCUCACAAGGGCCUUUCCAGGCCCAACUUUUGUCUCAUGGCAACCUUCCCUGGCCAGAUUCCUGCCUGUCUCCCAGCAGCCUAGACAGGCCCAGGUCUUGCCUCACACUGGCCUCUCUACAUCCAGCUCUUGCCUCACGGUGGCCUCUCCAGGCCCAGCUCCUGUCCCAGGACGUCAUCUCCAGGCCCAAAACUUCCUCAAGUCAGCCUCUCUAG